AUGCAACCUGAAUCGCUUGCUGAACCUCCAGAUGAGAUGUUCAGCUUUAGCCUGUUGGGUUCUACGCCGACUCUCCUGGCCCCGCGACUCGGUAGACUUUCUUUGACCGGGAGGAAGCCAAUACAAACUCCGAAUCAUGUUCCUAUAACUUCUCGGGGCGUACUGCCCCAUGUGUCCCAUGAUAUUAUGUACGACCGGAUGUCAAUUGGGAGUUUAUAUGCUGCCUUUGAGGAUUUUGCGGAGAAAGGACAUAGAUCCAUUCCGCCGAUAUACCAAAUCCCCACGCAGCCAUUUGAAUCGGCCCUCCGGAAAUUUAUAUGCCAGCACGAGGAUCUAUUGUUGAUAUUAGGUCCCCGACGAGUCCCGCCUGUCCCAUGUCCCACUCCAAAUUCCUCCAAUUCAGUGACGAUAUUAAGUUCAGUUGGGUACCGUCAAUUGGAAACCGAGCAAUAUAUAGAGGCCAUCCAAAAAUUACAACCAGACAUUGCUGUUGGGCUUUCGGAUUUGUCCAGCAAACCACCCGGGGUCAAGCGACGAGAGCGAAUGGUGGACAGGACACACGCAUGGACGAGGGAUGCAAUCGAUAGACUAUAUGAUAAACAGGACGAAGGGAACUUUGUGUCCUUGUUCCUUGCGCCGCUACUACCACUAGAUAAGGAGCAGCAGAUGUUAUACAUAGAGGAACUAGAGGACGAGAUGCGACAAAAUGUGGCCGGGUUCGCGGUUUACGAUACUCACAGCACCUCUGCGAUACCGGAAUCAAUGUCUGCGCUCGUGCGUCUGUCAUUAAGUGAAACAAAAACCCCGCGAGAAAUCUUGAAGGAAGUUUCAUUGGGCAUAGACCUCUCAACAGUACCGUUUGUCGGAGAAGCGUCAGACGCGGGUAUUGCGCUUGAUUUCGGUUUUCCGAGUUUAGCGCGCGAUGUCGAGACUGAUGUGAGGCCUUUGGGCAUUGAUAUGUGGCCCGCUACGCAUGCGGCUGACAUGUCACCACUCUCGCGAAGCUGCAAAUGCUAUACAUGUCAAAAGUUCUCCAGAGCCUAUAUUCGACAUCUGCUUCAUGCAAAAGAGAUGCUUUCAUGGACGCUUUUGCAAAUACAUAAUUAUCAUGUCCUCGAUAAUUUUUAUGUGGCUAUCAGAGACAGUAUUGCCAGGGGUACGUUUGACGAAGACGUGGCGAAGUUUGAGCGAGCUUACGAGCCUGAAUUACCACGGCAAUCUGGCCAGGGACCUAGAUUACGUGGAUAUCAAUUUAAAGGGGAAGCAGGUGCCAAACCGAAGAAUCCCAAGGUGUAUGGGCGUUUGGACCAGAUUACAACUGCUCCCACACAGUCAGGGUCCUCGAUUGUCACUCCAAAUGUUGAUGCUCAUGGUUUCGCCGCAAAUACGACUUUCUAG